AUGGCGCGCUUCAUGGAAGAACAAGGAAUACCUUUUUCAAGGAAGCUGCCACUUGGUUUCACAUUCUCCUUCCCUUGCCAACAGGAAGGUCUUACGAGAGAUUUCAGUGCCAAACUGAUUCGCUGGACCAAAGGAUUCAAAGCUAGCGGUUGUGAGGGCGUUGAUGUGUGCAAGAUGCUCAAAGAUGCUUGCAAUAGACGCUCUGAAAGUUAUACCAUCCCAUUAGUUCAGGAUAUAGAAAUAGACGUUGUGGCAUUGCUCAACGACACCGUCGGAACACUAAUGGCUUGUGCUUUCAAGGAGAAUACGUGUCAGGCAAGUCCCAUUGGGGUUGAUGUAGAAGACUCUUUCUUCAUCUCCGAUAGCGAUGAUGUCAGUCAGUGGAAGAGUAUCAUUUUAUUCCAGAUGAUAAUGAAUACGGAGUGGGGAGCAUUUGGAGAUGAUGGCGCUUUGAGAUUCAUUCACACAAAAUACGACAGAGAAGUUGAUAAAAGCAGCGUGAAUCCAGGGAAACAAAUCUUCGAGAAAAUGAUAUCCGGGAUGUAUCUUGGCGAACUGGCUCGAGUAGCUCUGAAGGAAAUGGCCCAACAAGGACUAUUGUUUGGUGGUCAAACGGGAUUGCUUGAGGAGAGAGGACGAUUCUCCACUCGAUUCAUGUCAGACAUUGGAAGCGAUCAAGACCUCUAUAGCGAUCUUGCUGGAGAUGAAGAAAAGAAGACGUUUCAAAACACAGAAAAGAUUCUUGGAGAGCUCGGAUUCAAUAAAAUAACACGAGCGGAUUGUGCUAACGUUGCUUAUGUGUGCAAUAUAAUCACUACCAGGGCGGCGCAUUUGCUGGCAGCUGGCAUUGCAACGCUCAUCAAUAGAGUUGAACGUCCGCUUGUUACGGUUGGAAUAGACGGAUCGGUAUACCGAUUCCAUCCUGUGUUCCCACAACUACUCGACGACAAAAUUGCUGAACUUAUCGAUGAAAACCUCAGGUAUAAGUUAAUGUUAUCCGAAGAUGGUAGUGGUAUUGGUGCGGCAGUCGUAGCAGCUGUAGCAAAUCGGAUCCAAUCAGAUCGAACAGAUCAAAAAGAAGAAGAACCGCAACAAGAAAAUCAAAACGAGAAUGAUUAG